AUGCACGUGACCUGGCCGCUGCCGCCUCCUGCCCGCGCCAUGACCCAGCCCGUGCCCCGGUUCUCUGUGCCCACUGCGCUGGCCCUGGGCUCGGCCGCACUGGGAGCUGCCUUCGCCACCGGCCUCUUCCUGGGGAGGCGGUACCCCCCAUGGCAGUCCCGGCCAGAGAAGCGCCUGCUGCCCCCAGAGGACAGCCCCCUUUGGCAGUACCUGUUGAGCCGCUCCAUGCGGGAGCACCCGGCGUUGCGGAACCUGCGGCUGCUGACCCUGGAGCAACCGCAGGGGGAUUCCAUGAUGACCUGUGAGCAGGCCCAGCUUCUGGCCAACCUGGCGCGGCUCAUCAAGGCCAAGAAGGCGCUGGACCUAGGCACUUUCACGGGCUACUCGGCACUGGCACUGGCCCUGGCGCUGCCCCCGGCGGGACGCGUGGUGACCUGCGAGGUGGACCCGGGUCCCCCGGAGCUGGGGCGGCCCUUGUGGAGGCAGGCUGAGGAGGAGCACAAGAUCGACCUUCAGUUGCAGCCCGCGCUGGAGACUCUGAAUGAACUCCUGGCUGCGGGCGAAGCCGGCACCUUCGACGUAGCGGUGGUGGACGCGGACAAGGAAAACUGCGCUGCCUACUACGAGCGGUGCCUGCAGCUGCUGCGACCCGGAGGUGUUCUCGCCAUCCCUAGUGUCCUGUGGCACGGAGAGGUGUUGCGGCCUCAGCAGAGGGACAUGGUGGCCCAAUGCGUGCGAAACCUGAACGAGCGUAUCCUGCGGGACGCAAGAGUCCACAUCAGUCUCCUGCCCCUGGGUGACGGCCUCACCUUGGCCUUCAAGAUCUAGGGCUGGCCCCUAGAGAAUGACCUCGAGGGAAAGGACUUGGGACACCGGCCAUCCGCCCUGAAUUUUAAACCAAUAAAGUGGGGUCUGGGACACA